AUGGCAACUGGUGGAGAGUGGACGUUCAAAAAAUUCCUCUUGCUGGUCGUGUUGAGUGCAAGUUGUGCGAGUGAUUGGCCGGUAGAAAGCAAAGAUUCAUUGCCAAGUGUAAAAUGGGCACCUGACAAGCCCACUAUUAUAGCAGGUCAACCUGUAUUUCUCAAGUUAAACUUGACCGGUGAUAUUUUACGAAACCGUACCUUUCUCGCCCUGACGAGCUUUUUGCCAUCUGAAGGAAGUGUACCCCGUGAAAAGCUGUCGACCUCUGCGUCGCGUUUGAGAACCAACCCAGACCAAAGUGCAUUUCUGCAUCUCAGAUCUUAUCAGACUAAUGAACUCUCCGCUGGCGACGCUUGGAUUUGUGCUUCGAAUGAUGGAUUACAUUGGUCUGCACUUGGCGAGGGUGCCGUGUUACAUGUGGUCAGGAAGGAUGGCACGAAGAGCCGUGGGCGUCGCACGGCCUCCCAGGUCCGUUUGACGCACCGCGCGUCGGUCGACGCUGAGAAGUUCCCGCGAUCUUCCAGCGUCUCCGAUGCGCCAUUGGAUGCUGAAGCUACACUUGUACCUGACACCGAAAAUGUUACCAUUAUAGCUAAUGUUCCUGUUGUUGUUGGUGUUUCUAAAGCUGUUAACGAAGUAUUUUGGGGUGCUGCUCACCGCCGCUCUCAUGAGUCACAAAGGCAUCAACCUGCUCAAGCUCAUAACAGAGUCAAAAGAGCUAGUUUAGAUAACUAUGCUAUCGAAGAAAAUGUUCACAAUCGGAAACCGAGUGCCAUGACUAGUGAUAAUAUAGCUAAAGUUAUAGAGUCUAACAUAGAAGAAGAUUCCCUUAUUUCCAAACUGAUAGAAGACGAGCCAAGCCAAGUAUCCGUCGGGUCAGGUGGGCAAGAUGCCCGUGACGUUUCCCUGGGCAACUCGCAGCGGCACCCGAACGCAUCGCGGGUCAGUGCCAGAGUCGUGACCCCAGUUCCUCUGAAGAGCUUCGUGUCUGUGGAGGGCGUGGACUACGAGUUCUACGUGCACGGUAUACGUGUCGAGACGCACGCCAAAGGCAUCUCUAUGUCCGACGACGGCGUGUACGAACUGCUCGCUGAAAGCCCUGCUGUGCUACGCCUCUUCGGCGUCGGCCUCACUACCGACACGGAGGUUCUCUUCACCGCUGAACCUAUGACCCGAGGCAACUCCUGCACCACCAGGACGUCGGGGUCCUUCAAGCUGCACGAGGCGGGGCCGGACUUCGGGCUGGUGGAGGUACGUCUGCCGGUGAUGGUGGGCGACCAGACGCGAUGGCAUCUCUGCGUCAGGAGGACGGACAGCAUCGUGCCCGCCACGUCCCAGGGCAACGCGCCCUGGCUCGCCUUAACUACCUACACGCUGGCGCUGCCCAUCUGGUUCCAGGUGCUGUUGCUGGCGAUCCUGCUGACAUUGUCGGGCCUGUUCUCUGGCCUGAACCUCGGCCUCAUGGCCCUCGACAAGACCGAGCUCAAGAUCGUCUCCAACACCGGCACUCCCACUGAACGACGAUAUGCUCGCGCCAUCGAGCCUGUGCGGCGUCACGGCAACUUCCUGCUGUGCACGCUGCUGCUGGGCAACGUGCUCGUCAACUCCACCCUCACCAUCAUCCUCGACGGGCUUGGUGGAGGUAUUGUCGCCGUCAUCGGCUCCACCAUCGGCAUCGUCAUCUUCGGCGAGAUCAUCCCGCAGGCCAUCUGCUCCCGCCACGGUCUGGCCAUCGGCGCCCGCACCGUGUGGCUAGUGCGCGUCUUCAUGGUCAUCACGGGCGCCUUCGCCUGGCCCAUCUCUAAGCUACUGGACUGGGUUUUGGGCGAAGAAAUCGGCAACACCUACAACCGCGAGCGUCUCAAAGAACUCAUCAAGGUAACGUACGGCCAGAACGAUCUGCAGGCAGACGAGCAGAACAUCAUUUGUGGAGCGCUGGAGCUGCACCGCAAGACGGCCAAGGAGAUCAUGACACCUCUCGAUGAUGUCUUUAUGCUCAACAUCGAGUCUUGCCUCAACUUCAACACCAUCAACGAGAUCAUGAAGCAGGGCUACUCGCGUAUCCCGGUGUUCGAGAACGAGCGGACAAACAUCGUGUCGAUGCUCUUCAUCAAAGACUUGGCGUUCAUCGACCCUGACGACAACACGCCCCUCAGGACCGUCAGCAACUACUACCAGAACGCCCUCAACUUCGUCUUCGAGGACACCACGCUUGACACCAUCUUUAAAGAGUUCAAGGAAGGCAACAAGGGCCACAUGGCGUUCAUCCAGCGCAUCAACAGCGAGGGCGAGGGCGACCCGUUCUACGAAGUGGUGGGCAUCGUCACGCUCGAGGACGUCAUCGAGGAGCUCAUACAGGCCGAGAUUGUCGACGAGACCGACGUGAUUAUUGAUGUGAAUGUUUCAGCGUUGGAGCCGUUCAAGGAAGGCAUGUUGUCAGAGAGCAUCCUGAGACGUCUCGUCACGCAGGACGUCAUGCACUGCAUCAAAAUUAGCGACCCUCUCAACAAACAAGAUCCUGACACGUUCAUCUACACUCAGGGCAAAGCAGUAGAUUAUUUCGUGUUGAUCUUGGAGGGCCACGUGGAGGUGACAAUUGGCCAGGAGAACCUGACGUUCGAGAGCGGCCCCUUCACAUACUUCGGCACCGCGGCGCUCUGCAUGCAGCCAGUCGUCGAGUCGAUAUCAGCGAGCACGCAGCUGAGCGGCGCGCUGCUGGGCAGCUCCCUGCAGUCGCUGGACGCCACCAAAUAUUCCUUCACUGCGGACUACUCCGUGCGGGCCAUCACUGAGGUAAUUUUCAUGAAGCUGCGUCGCUCGCAAUACAUCGCUGCUCGCCGCGCCUACAAGCUGGAGAAGAGCCAAAAGGAAGGCGGAGCUUCUGAUCACUUCGAUUCUGAAAUGGCCACGAUAAUGAACGAGGACGACAUUCUGGCGUCGCCUGUGAUGGAGAGAAGUUCUUUGUCAACACCAAACUCCAAGGAAUUCGUAAUGAAUGGAACAGCGAUUUCAGCGGACGGCAAACCUAGCAACUUGGAGCUAAGCGAGCGCGAUCGGCAGCAGUUGGGGCGUCAGAGCACGAAGAGGAUGAAGGGAGACUUCAGUAGCAUGCGUCACCGUCGGGUAAGCACUCCGCCGGGUGACUUCCCUCAAAGCUCCCCUGCAAGUCCCAUGGUAGCGAAACCACCGCGCAUCGGCGCGUCAACUUCUGCCGUGAACGGCGACAGUCGCGGCAGGCUAGAAAACAGCGCUAGUCCCGUCGACGUCUCGAAUAUGGAUACGGAAGAUGGAGCAGCGUCACUGCGCACCUCACCAUCUGCCACGAGCUCUCAGUUCUCUCCACUCGGCAAGGAAAAUCCUAAUGUCGAGGCCUGCAAUCGUGACUCGCUUGCUCCUCCAACACCAGGCGCUGAUGAAGACUCGUGUCGUAUCUCCAAGUCUAUUUCUUGAGGUUACCUCUUGCUGUUGCGUGCUAUUAUCGCGACAUGGUCUUAAUCUAUCAGUAGUUGUUCAAUUGUUAUUAGGUGAAGGAAUAUUGAGAACGAACUUCUAUGAAAAUGAAACGAAAGCGACCCCCGAAGUCAGCAAUAAAUUUUCCGUGAUUGUUGCUGUAAGAAAUAGACCUGCCUACUUUUUUUAUUGAACUGCGCGGUCUUCAGCCAAUACAUAAUUUUAAUGUGAUGCUUGUAUUUGAUGGGAGAUUUCCCCCAAAACCGGUUUCUUUUCUGAUUCACGAAGUAAGUAUUUUAUUUCCUGACUUUGAUCGGUAUCUUAUUGAGGCAACGUUCUUUUUUAACUGAUCACUUGAAUUUUUCUUUGAUCUUUUAAUGAAGUGUGCAAAAGUUAUCAGAAUUUUUAUUCUGCCCUUGUUUUUUUCAUGACUCAGUAUAUAUGUAUAAAUUUUUAUGCUUCCACCUUGGUUAUAUACUGUUAAAUCAAGCUAUAACUUUGGAAUUCAGUCUGAAUUGCAAUCUCUUCUGCCUCAAAUUUAUUCUUCUCCUGCGAACUAAUGAGAUAUACGCCAUAUUGGUUUGGUUCUGGCUUGUUAUUUUUAUCCUGAGCUGGAAUAGUAACAUACGACUGCGGCUAUUCCUGCCCAUACAAGAUUUAGGUGCGAGAAUAUUACAGCAUUACAAUGUUUAAAUGAUUUUUAUUUUGUCGACUGUGUUCCAUGUUAAUAAUCAAAGUCUAAUUUAACGGAUUUUACAGAAGUGAUGAGACUCGUUCGCAACGUGCUGGUCUUAUAUUGUGUGGGUGUUUAUAAACUCUUCCACGUCAACCGUAGAUUCUCAUGAGCAAUAGCGCGAUACUUGUGACCUAAUUUAUUGUUACUGGUCUGCGUCCCCCAAUAACAGUGUAAAUUCUUAUAGCAUUUCCUCCUUCACACUUCAAAAAUCCGUUUGCCAAUGUGAUGCACCUUAUGAACUCCGCUCGCUCAUGUAUCGCAAGACUUUCUUGGGUAUUUUAACACAUAUUUACCUUUCAGCGUUUAAGGAAUUCACUAAAUUCAUAUUCAAAAUGAUCGAUUUUUUAAUAAGGAAUCGUUUGAGCAACAAUGGUCGUUACUGCUUUAAAAUUGUGAUUAUUCUUGCAGAGAAUUCUUCACCACAUGCACACUAUAUCGAUGCUGGUUGUCAAGGAAAUUGCAUGAACUUUCUUACUUGUUCUUAGCAGUGUUAACGUAUUUACUAAUGACAAAACUCGUGUAGUACUUAAUGUAUCAAUUUUGUAAUUUGUUUUUGAAGUUGAUAGAAGGAUGUGCUGGCUUUAAAGCCCUCGGUUUUACGCUGGGCAAUGAGCUCGUUGACGUAAGUUGGGUCCAAAAAAAUAUUAUUCUCAUUCCUCUAACUGACGAUGGCACAUUAUUCAUCAUUUAUUUAUUAUUAUCGCCAAUCUAAUACCUAUUUGGCGUAAUUUCAAGCAAUUAUCGUAGCUUUUGUGUUGACCAGCCAAUGAUGCUCUCUGGAGCAGUUUGAAUCUAGCUCUUAAAUUGUUGGUUUUGUGAUAUUGUACAGGCUCUACUACUCGAGUUUUAAAUUUUGAAUCUGCAUUAAUCAGCAUCUUGAUAUUCUCUCUCUCACUUUGUUAUGUGCUUUCAAAAACAUUCAAAACUAUUUAUUAAAUUCGGUUAUAAAAACAUGGUCUUUACCACACGUCACCCUGCGUUUGGUUGGGUGAUUAGCGUAAUCAAAGCUGGUUAACUUCCAUACGUCAUCGUGUAAAAAUAAUUUUUUUCGCAGAUAUCUCCUCCCAUAGCAUUAAUUUAAAAAUAGCAAAUCUAGCCGUUCUUUAUCGCUUGUAAAAUACUCAAGUAUGCUUGAAAGAGAGAACGCUCAUUAUUUUAAACGGUAAUCAAUUGAGUAAUCUUUCAGAACACUGCUGAAUAAUAAAAAACAGUUACUUUUUCUGUAAUUUGAUUUUCUUUAGCUCCGUCAGAUUUUGCGUGUUUGAGGAUGGAUUAUUGCAUCUUUUCACGUUCAGUUCGCGAUACCUGCAAUGCGUUGCAUUUUUUGUCCCUUCUCAUUACAGCCGUCCGUCAUUGCGGCGAUAGGAAGUCAAAAGCAAACUUCGCCAAUUCAUCUAUCAACUGUCACGUUUUGAUUCUGUUUUGUUCGAUAAAAAUGUUUUCAUGCGUAAAUUAAUGACUAGUUCAUUGACUCGAUGUAUCCCCUCGAAUAUAGAUUUAAACUCACACGAGCCUCACUAUAGACCUUAAGUCACUUCUCUGUCUCAUUGCAGUAAACAUUUAUUGAAGCGACUUUUCCAUGUUUGAAUAGUACAAAUUUUUAUUGUUCUUAUUUUAUUACCUCAUUUAUUGCAUUUUUCUAUUUUAUUUACAUGGAUAUGCCAGUUGUCUGUCUCCUUUGCACCUUUCGAAUUUUAACAUUUCUGUCUAAUUUACACUGUGCCAAAACCAGUUCGGAAGGCACUCAGUUUACAUUUAUCAAGCCAUGGAAACAUUCUGCAUUUAUUGAAAUUUCUACAGUUGUCCAAUGUUUCAGCUCCUGCCUAUUUGUCGCGUACCCGAGGUUGUGUUUAUAAUUAGUAAUUUUUUUACUGGGUUUGCUGUGCUUCUCUAGAGUUCUCUAGAUGCUUUCACUAGCGCCCUAUUCCGAAGGAUUGUUUGUAUAAUUAGUAUCAGAGGUUAAUUUUCUAACCUCUCUUAUGAAUAUAUUCCGAUGAGAUGUCCGGAUUUUACUUGUGUAGUUUGUACUAGUGAUGUUCCUAAAUAAUGUGUAGGUCUCAUAGAAUAUUUGUUGACAACCUAGCUCAGUUACUUAUCGAUUGACCAGUAAAAUAUAUCCGGAAGCUACGUCUUAAAGUUGCAUUUUAAAAGAAUCUAAGCUAACUUCGUUUAUGCAGCGUACCAAUUCAUAUAUUUAGGUCGUUAUUUAAGGAAAAAUAGACAAUUCUAUUCGCUUCCGUGCCAUUGAAGCCACCAGAUGCUUGGUGAGUUAAUGUUGCUGCUCACUCGCAAGUUUCCCAUACCACAGGCCCGGCUUACGAUUGCUGGUAGUGACUGGUAGCUCGUAAGAUUAUUGCUGUCAUUUUUUGCUGGCACGACGUGAAAGUAAUUCUCCCUGCUUGCAUUUACAAAUUUUUGGUUUCAUUGGACCAAUGUUUCAUACCGGAAUCGAAAUGAAAUUGUAACUUGUUGAUAGAACAAAUAUUAUAUUUCAUGUAAUCCAGUGAUAUUUUACUCUCGCUGUCGAGAAAUUGAUCUGUCCGUUGUGUAGCGGCGCCCUGCAGGUAGCUGCUCUGUAGGAAUUUUUCAAUUUGCGAAUGACUAAACUGUUUUAACUACCAGGAAAUGUGUGAAAAUAUUUAGUUUGUUAAGCACUUCCGUGUGAAAGAAAAUGUACGCCUAGAUUUGAUUCAUACGGGAUUUGUUAUAGUGUCCUAGCAUUUAGCGUUAGGUACAAUCGUAUUGUCUUCAGUUUAACGAGCGCAACAUGUACUGGAGUUGUCUUUCAUGUGGAUCGAUCAAUGUGCCUUUUAUGUGACCGGGCUCGUCCGCGCCGCGUAAAUUCUACGGAACUGUUUGCUCACAACAAUGAAAAUGGCAUCGCAAACUUGUUAACGCCUUCCGCACACUCUGUCUCAACACUGUUCAACAAAUUAUUUUUUUUUCCAGUGCUAAUUUAUCAUGUAGAGCAAAUUUUAUCUUUGUAAAUCUCUACGAAGGAAUGUUGAAUUGAUUUCAUUAAUCUUAAACCAAUGUUUACUUAUCUAGGGCCUUUCAAAUAUUUCCCCGGUCAAGUGUACUUACCGACUGAUGUGUAGCAGUAAUGAAAUUGCUAAAAAAAUAUACCCGCGCCAGCUUCUAACGUCCAGUGUUAAGUUCAGUCUUUUAGUCAAUGUGAUGGCUUAUUGUUACAUAUUUUACUCUAAUAUAUUGCCAACGAAGAAGAUGAGUCUUAUAAUUAGUAUGCUAAAAGCUUAGUAUUCCGAUCUCUUCAUUAACAUAGAAUUCCUCUCUAUACUUUCACUUCAUCCAUAUCCUCCUACAUUCUCGAAUUCUCAAUAGUUAGUUCACGUUUCUCUAUUGCUGCUUUUCCCGAUAGUAGUUUGUAUUAAUUGAUGAAUGUUUUCAUGCCUCUACGAUAGCAUUCUCGUCACUAUAAAAGAUAAUAGGACAGUAUUACAUUGUAAUGGUAUUAAUACAGCAAUAUAUGUUGAA